UAAUUUUGACAGUGACAGACAGACAGGGGAGCCACAAUAAAGUGAAAGAUAUAAUAUUCGUUGAGAAAACGUUUUCUCUAAAAUGUCAUUGAAAUUUUAACAAUAAACAGUGGUGGUGUGUAAAGUGCAGAGGAGAAACAAUGGCAUAUUUGUCGAGGAAAGAGAUUGAGGAGCUGAAGCCAAACAUCGAUAAGGCUGUGUACAAGUUGCUGGGAUCUUCGGACUCUUCGUUGGUUAGCAAAGCAUUGGAUUGUCUGGACGCAAAUUACGAUCGCAAGAAAACAGUGUACAAAUUGUCCUCCUACGUUGACAGUAAGAAAGCCUCCCGUUUAACAGAUAAAAUCUUUGAUUUACUGGACGAUGUUAAAUACAGAUCAAAAAAACGAAACCAUGAGGAGUCGAAGGAUAGUAGUGAUCGUGGGGAGAAAGACUCGAAGCGAGCCAAGCCCUCUAGGGUUGUGGUUGAAGAGAAGGUUGAGGAGAAGAAGUUAUCCAGCAAUAGAAUAAAGGAAAUGAUGGAGACGGCACAGAAGCAGAUUGAGGAGAGGAAGAGAAACCUGGAUUCAUCCUCGAGGAACUCUGCUGCAGCCCAAAGUAACCUUCCCAAUAUACCUGUUCCACCUGCAAGCAUAUAUGGCAUACCUAUGGGUUUGCUGAAUCGAGGGGAUGCAGACAAGGCAAGGAAAAUAGCGCAGCUGCAGGCACAGAUCAAGAAUAAACUGUCCACAGGCAUCCUGGGUAGUGUGGUGAUUCCUGUGCCUGUGCCAGAUAAACCCACUCCACUCAUUUUGGAUGAGGAUGGACGCACUGUAGAUAAGACAGGUAAGGCAGUUCAAUUAACGCACGUCGCGCCGACUCUUAAAGCUAAUAUUAGAGCGCAGAAGAGAGAACAGUUCAGGACGCAGGGCGAUCGUCACGAGGAUGAUUCGCCGGAAGCGAAUUUCUUCGAUCCGAGGAUUGGCAUCAAACCUAUUAUCAGGAACAAGCGGGCGCUGCGAUUCCAUGAACCAGGCAAAUUCCUGCAGCAGGCCGAGAGGCUCCGAAUGCGAGCGCAGCUGGAGAAGCUGCAGAACGAGAUCUCGCAGAUCGCAAAGAAGACUGGCAUUUCGUCGGCCACAAAGCUUGCGCUUAUCGCAAAGUCUGAGGGUCUCUGCGAGGACAUCCCGCAGAUGGAGUGGUGGGAUUCCGUCAUCCUGGAGGAUAAUCUGGACACGAUGAAAGACGACAAGAUCGCGAUCAAGCGUCAGGUAAUAAACAAUCUGGUGGAGCAUCCGACGCAGAUGAGGUGUCCCACGGAUCCAAUUAAACCUGUCUACAUGCCGGUGUUUCUGACGAAGAAGGAGAGGAAGAAGUUGCGACGACAGAACAGGCGCGAGGCCUGGAAGGAGGAGCAGGAGAAGAUCCGUCUCGGUCUGGAGGCACCGCCCGAGCCGAAGCUACGUAUAUCUAACUUGAUGCGAGUGUUGGGCACGGAGGCCGUUCAGGAUCCGACCAAGAUUGAAGCGCACGUACGCGAACAGAUGGCGAAACGGCAGAAGGCGCACGAGGAGAUGAACGCCUCACGUCAACUGACCGCCGAGGAGAAACGCAACAAGAAAAUCAAGAAGAUCAAGGAGGACACGACGCUCGGAGUGUUCGUCUCGAUCUACCGGAUCCGAAACCUCCACGAGUUGGCUUCCAAGAAGUUCAAAGUGGAGACGAACGCCAAGCAGCUUUUCAUGACCGGCUGCGUGAUGCUGUACCCGGAUUGCUGCGUGGUCGUUGUAGAGGGCGGCCCCAAGCAGCAGAAGGCAUACAAACGGCUAAUGUUGAACCGCAUCAAAUGGGAGGAAGACACGGUACGCGAUCCCGAUGGUAACGAGGUGCCCAACAAGUGUUCUCUGGUUUGGGAGGGUACCAGUAAGCAGCGCAACUUCGGCGAGCUCAAGUUCAAGGUAUGCCCGAUGGAGAAGCUUGCGCGUGAACACUUUAAAAAGCAUAAGGUCGAGCACUACUGGGAUCUGGCAUAUAGCGGUGCCGUCCUCGAACCAGCCGUCGAGUCCUCGUGAUUUUCCCAAUAACUUAUCCAAAUUGUACACAUCCGCAAAGUUCAUUGAAAUAAAUAUUUUUUUUCUCA